AAAGAGAGAGAGAGAGAGAGAGAGAUGAAGCAGCUCUGGGCUCUCCCUCAGGGCGGUGGUCGCCGGACGGCGAGCUUCCGAUCAUCGUCGGCGACGGCGCAGGGCGAUGGAGCAGGUGGAGGUGGAACCGAAACGCCGUUGAAAUCCCCCGGCGCGAUGUUCUGGAUCGCACUCCAUGCACUAUGUUGCCUCAUCAGCCUCGUCCUCGGAUUCCGCUUUUCUCGCCUCCUCUUCUUCCUCCUCUUCUCCUCCCCUGCCCCAAUUCUCCGCGCUACGACCACCACGACGACCACGACCACCACAACGCACACGCAGACCCAAACCCUGACGAUCUCUCUGCCUACCACCUCGUCGCAGGCUUUACCGGUCGUGAACAAGUCCGAUCCUGCCGCCAGCCGCGUUGUCGUCGGCCGCCAUGGCAUUCUCAUCCGUCCAUGGCCGCAUCCCAACCCUACUGAAGUCAUGCGGGCGCAUCGCAUCAUUGAGCGUGUCCAGCACGAGCAGCGCUCGCAGUAUGGCGUCAAGAACCCUAAACCCGUCAUCGUGAUCACUCCGACCUAUGUCCGGACCUUCCAGGCGUUGCAUCUUACUGGCUUGAUGCAUUCCCUCAUGCUCGUCCCUUAUGAUCUCACCUGGAUCGUCGUCGAGGCAGGUGGUGUUUCUAAUGAGACGGCUACCCUUUUGGCGAAAUCCCAGCUCCAGAUCGUGCACACUGCCUUCCCGGAGAAAAUGCCAGUGGAAUGGUCUGAUCGGCAUAGGAUGGAGGCUCGGAUGCGGCUUCAUGGUUUGAGAAUUGUGCGAGAGCGGAGAUUGGAUGGAAUUGUCAUGUUUGCGGACGACAGCAAUAUGCACAGUAUGGAGAUGUUUGAUGAGAUCCAGUCAGUGAAGUGGAUGGGUGCUUAUUCAGUUGGUAUCUUGGCGCAUUCCGGAAAUUCAGAGAUUGGGGUGAAGCCCGAGGAGAUUGAUGUAGGGGAGGAGAAGAAGAACUCGCCAUUGCCUAUUCAAGGACCGGCUUGUAACUCGUCAGGGCAUUUAAUAGGAUGGCACACUUUUAAUUCUUUGCCGUAUGCUGGGAAGAGUGCGACUCUUGUCGGUGAUGGGGCAAUGGUGUUGCCAAGGAAGUUGGAGUGGGCUGGUUUUGUGUUGAAUUCAAGACUUGUGUGGAAGGAUACGGAGGAGAAGCCAGAUUGGGUUCGGGAUCUCGAUACAGUUGAUAAGGGGGAGGAGAUUGAGAGCCCGUUGGCUUUGGUAAAGGAUGCUUCUUUCGUUGAGCCUCUUGGCAGUUGUGGGAAGAAGGUGCUUUUGUGGUGGCUUCGUGUCGAAGCUCGUGCUGACAGCAAGUUUCCACCAGGGUGGGUGAUCAACCCUCCUCUGGAAAUCACAGUCCCUGCAAAGCGAACACCAUGGCCCGAUGUGCCUCCUGAAAUUCCAUCUGAAACACAAGCAGACAAGCAUCCUUCAAAGGUUGUUAGAUCAUCCAGAUCAAGGCACAAUUCUCGCAGUAAGAGAAAGCAUGAAAUACGGCCAGAAAAACAAACUUCAGGAACAACUCAGACUCAAGCGAAUUAAGACCCCGUGUAUACUACCGCACUGAAAUAUCUUCUACUUCUUGACAGGAUCCAUCCGGAUCAAGUACUGUCUCUAUACCAUACUUGUCGAUUAACUUUAUCAGAAGACCGUCAAUAAGGAGCUUUCUGGGGUUUUUUAAUUUGCUGAGAAGCCAUUCGAGCUGAAGAUACCAGUAAAAAAGUCCAAAUUCAGACUUCUUUUUUUAUUUUUUUCCUUUUAUUUUAUUUUUUUGGGUUGGAGUUCUCAUCUGUAGAUGGUGUUUAUGACCAUGUUUCGAUGAUGUGAUGAGUUUUAUAUAGUUUGAAAUGUAUGAUGUUGUAUUCAGUUUGUUUAUUAAAAAUUGUUGAUGAAAUGGUACAGGCUGGUGAAAGCAAGCACUUCAUCUUCCCUUUUUAUUUUUUUA